CCCAACGGUCUAUUCCCACACACACACACAUACACUAAUGUUCACCCAAAUUCAACCGGCGCCACGGAUUCACUUCCUGCCACCGCCACUCCCGCCGGAUUAUCCUCUUCUGCGCCGCCACUGCACUCCGCUUUUGAAUCACCGUCGUUCGCGCACUUCAUUUCGUCGUCUUCGAGUGUCCAAUUGCUUAAAUGGCGAAGGUGGAAACGCGAGUUGUAGCCAGGAAAGCGAAGAAUCCACUGCCGGUAGAGAAGAUGGCGUGAGAAGAGCUUACCCUUAUCAUGAAAUUGAACCGAAGUGGCAGCGCUACUGGGAGGAGACCAAGACCUUUCGGACACCCGAUGAGAUUGAUAUGUCCAAGCCCAAAUUCUACGUUCUCGACAUGUUUCCUUAUCCCAGUGGAGCUGGUUUGCACGUGGGGCAUCCUCUUGGUUACACAGCAACAGAUAUUCUUGCUAGACUUAGACGUAUGCAAGGCUUCAAUGUUUUGCAUCCAAUGGGUUGGGAUGCUUUCGGCUUACCCGCCGAGCAAUAUGCAAUUGAGACAGGUACACACCCGAAGGUCACAACAAUUAAAAACAUCGACCGCUUCCGCUCCCAGCUUAAAUUAUUAGGCUUCUCGUACGACUGGGAUCGUGAAAUUUCUACUACGGACACUGAAUAUUACAAAUGGACACAGUGGAUAUUUCUGCAGCUCCUGAAAAGGGGAUUGGCUUAUCAGGCUGAAGUUCCUGUCAACUGGUGCCCCGCACUCGGCACUGUCUUGGCAAAUGAAGAAGUAGUAGAUGGUGUGAGCGAGCGUGGGGGCCACCCCGUAAUUAGAAAACCUAUGCGGCAAUGGAUGCUGAAGAUUACUGCAUACGCAGACCGCCUUCUAGAAGAUUUAAACGAUCUCGACUGGCCUGAAAGUGUUAAGGAAAUGCAAAGGAACUGGAUAGGGAGAUCUGAAGGAGCAGAGAUGCAAUUCAGUGUAGUGGAUAUUGAAAGUGACCUCAAAGUUACUGUUUACACUACCAGGCCCGAUACCAUUUUUGGUGCAACGUACUUAGUCCUGGCGCCUGAGCAUGUACUGUUGUCAGCCAUUGUAUCUGAUGCCCAACGAAAAGACGUGGAAGAAUACAGAGAAGUAGCUUCUAGAAAGAGCGACCUCGAGAGAACCGAACUCCAGAAGGAAAAAACCGGAGUCUUUAGCGGCUGUUAUGCAACAAAUCCAGCUAAUGGAGUAUCUAUUCCGAUUUGGGUAGCUGACUAUGUUUUGGGAAGCUAUGGGACAGGAGCAAUAAUGGCUGUACCUGCUCACGACACACGAGACCAUGAAUUUGCUUUGAAGUACAAUAUUCCAAUUUGCGGGGUUGUAAAUCCAGAAAAUGGAAGUCUCGAUUAUUUCGAGAAGGCUUUCUCUGGUGAUGGUACAAUGAUAAAUUCAUCAAGCACAACAUCAGGACUUGACAUUAACGGCUUAAGCAGCAAAGACGCUGCUUCUAGAGUCAUUGAGUGGCUCGAGAAAACUGGAAAUGGGAUGAAAAAGGUGAAUUACAAGUUAAGGGAUUGGUUAUUUGCAAGGCAACGUUAUUGGGGAGAGCCUAUACCUGUAAUUUUUAAUGACAGAGGUGAAUGCGAACCGAUUUCUGAAGCUGAGUUGCCUCUUACACUUCCCGAGUUAGAUGAUUUUACUCCAACUGGAACAGGGGAGCCACCACUUGCUAAGGCUCUAUCUUGGGUAGAAACAAUUGACCCUACCACUGGUGGAUCUGCUAGGCGCGAGACGAACACUAUGCCACAAUGGGCUGGCUCUUGCUGGUACUAUCUGAGGUUCAUGGACCCGAAAAAUUCCAACGCAUUGGUUGACAAGGAAAAAGAAAUGUAUUGGAGCCCUGUUGAUGUGUAUGUUGGUGGGGCCGAGCAUGCAGUUCUUCACUUACUUUAUGCUCGAUUCUGGCACAAGGUUUUGUAUGAUAUUGGCGUAGUUUCUACCAAGGAGCCUUUUCAAUGUGUCAUAAACCAGGGAAUUAUUCUCGGAGAAGUGCAAUAUUUGGCCUUCAGAGAUUCUGACGGGAAUUUGGUUUCUGCUGAUGUCGUUAAUGACACGGGCAACUUCAGCCAAGAAAGCAUACCCGAAGAGAAGGUCGUAAAAUCCGGCGAUUAUUUUGUGAUGAAAGACAAUCCGAAUAUCCGUUUGAUUGCGCGAGCCCACAAGAUGAGUAAAAGUAGAGGAAAUGUCGUUAACCCUGAUGAUGUUGUUUUGCAAUAUGGUGCUGAUUCUCUUCGUUUAUAUGAAAUGUUCAUGGGUCCUUUCAGAGACUCGAAAACAUGGAGUACUAGUGGUAUUGAUGGUGUGCACCGAUUUUUAGCAAGAGUAUGGAGAUUGGUUGUUGGUUUACCGUCUGCUGAUGGUAAAUUCAAAUCUGGAACCGUUGAUUUCGAAGGGGAACCUUCUAUUGAACAGCUUCGUUGUCUUCAUAGAUGCAUUAAUAAGGUAACAGAAGAAAUUGAAGCAACACGAUUCAACACCGGAAUUUCUGCGAUGAUGGAAUUCACUAAUGCAGCAUAUAAGUGGGAAAAACUUCCAAAAUCGAUAGUUGAAGAAUUUAUUUUAUUGCUAUCGCCGUAUGCACCACACAUGGCGGAGGAGCUCUGGUCCCGCCUGGGCCACUCUACUUCACUCGCUUACGAGCCUUUCCCUAAGGUAAAUCCAGCUUACUUAAAGGAGUCCACGGUUAUUUUACCGGUCCAAAUAAACGGGAAAACAAGGGGCACAAUACAGGUUGAGAAAACGUGCACAGAAGAAGAUGCAUUUGAACUAGCUUCGCUCGAUUCGAAACUGUCGAAAUUUCUGUCUGGGAAAAGCAUCAAGAAACGAAUUUUCGUACCUGGUAAGAUUUUAAAUAUUAUUGUUCUAGAAGCUCCGAAAGUCAAAGUGAGUCAGCGGUAGCGCCAGCUAAGCUGGUCUUCAUUCGGGCUAUGUAAAUCGUGUUCUUUUCAUGAUUAUAUUCUUAUUAGAGCCUAAUUAAUUCUGUCUUACUAAUAAUGAAUGUAUUCAUUCAUUGAGAGAAGCUCUUGAGGGCGAUUAAUAUGUAAAGCCUGUUUGACUUUUUCGUUGUUCAUUUCAUUAAUGUUAGAAAAACCCUUUUUUACUUUUU